AUGCUCAUCACCUCAGUUGUGCUAGAAGAAGUACCAAUCCCGAAUGCAUCUAGAUCUCGAGACAUAGAUGGAUCAUUGCUUGCUGAACCCACUCCUAAACCCUCCAGCAAAAUGGAAACGAUACCGUCUCCCGACGAAAAAAAACAUUCCAUUGAUAAUUAG